AUGCCCAACACCAAAACAGGCAGAGAUUGCGUCAGGAUGUCAUUUCAUUCUGCUCUCCUCUUACCAGAUCCUGAAUGCCGGCAAAGCAAGUAUUUGGAUUCCGCUGUUGCCUAUCGUUUGGAGCCUCUGAUUUUGAAACACUACUCAUCUAUUCCUCCAGUGGACAUUUACCGCUGUACGGAUGCAUCCAAGUUUCCUUAUCACAUAACGCAUGCCAUAAAUUCUACUUCCCCUAGCUCAUCUCCACCAAUCCAACGUCGUGCCAUUUCUGGGAUGGUAUACCUUGAUUCAAACUCAUCAGCCUCUACAGAGUCUUCCACAAGUCUCUAUAAACUUCCUCAGGUUAGCAGUUCUGCAGAAUCCCUCAAUUCUCUCGGUAGACGGUUUAGCCGGCACAUUCCUCUUUCUUCCUUUAUGCUCGGAAUCUUCGGUCGAUCAACUGAGCCGGAGGCUACUCAACCCUCUUCCCAGCUUCCUCCUCUUCCCAACUCUCCACCUCAAUUAUCAGCUAAGCGUCCAAAACCCGCAUCACCGGUGUCUGAACCUAUGAGAGCGCUCUUCUCUGUCGACUGCGAGGAAGAAUUCAUGAAUUUAGAUAACGAUGAUAGUGUCGGCUUCCCAACCCCGUCUCCUCCGGAGUCUGAAACUUCUACGAUGAUACACCUUGACUACCGAAUGGACUAUCAGCUAAAGGAGAGUAGGUAUGAGGCUGCCUAUCUCUCAGCUCUUACUGUCCACUCGGGCUACUGGGGGAAUCCGGACCUGGCGAUGUUUGUCCUCAUGCAGUGUCAUCCAGAUGCCUCUCCUUUGGAUGCUCCCAUGACGUCUGCGCAACUGUGA